AUGCAUGCCGGGAUCGACUACCACCGCUACCUGGCCGAGCGGGACGUGACCAAGCAGGAGCUGGCCGACUGGAAGUCCAACUUCGGCGACAUGGCCAAGCAGAACGGGUGGAUACCGCCGUCCAGCAGCAACUCGGAGGAGCGCAGCAUGGACGACGAGGAGGAGGACCACCUGCAGCGGUUCUUCAUGACCAAGCAGAACAUCUCCGCCAUCCAGGCGCUCAACCCGAACGCCAACUUCUCCACCAACACACCCUUCACGCUCCUCACGAACGACGAGUUCGCCGCCUACGUGGGCAAGGCCUACCGGGCGUACAACGGAUCGGCCGUGGGAAGCAGCAGUUCCGCUAGUCGCCGGCUGCGCAGCUGGCACAGAAGCAGCAGCACCAAAACCACAUACAGCAGGGGCACCACGCCGAGCAUCAAGACGGUGACCACCUCGGCCAGCAGCGGCAGCCCCACGUCGGUCUUGGGAGGAACGUCAAACAGCGACACGAGUUACAGCGUCAAGAGUGUCACGACGACGGGAGCCGACGGUAAGAGCACCACCACUACAACUACGACAACCUCUUCGGGGCCCGGAACGGAAUCAACGACUGUCACUACCUCGUCGGGAUCGGCGGCCAAUGCAGCGUCGAACUUUGGUUUCAGUUCGGGCUUUUCGUCGCUCUGGCAGCAGUGGGGCAACGGCUUCAACUUUGGUGGAAUGGGCCGGAACGACUUCCAACCGGAGACCGUCAAGCCUGCCGGUUCUGAUUCGAGCUCGACAACGCCGACACCGACACCGACAACGCCGACACCGACACCGACAACGCCGACACCGACCACUCCAAUCACUGCUGCCCCAGCAGCGGCAGCUCCGACAACCACGCCGACUCCGACAACGGCAGCUCCCAGCGCAACCUCAUCGGCCAAGUCUUCCGCAUCCACGGCGACGGUGACGGCCACCGAUACGUCCACCACGUCAAGCUCGAACGAGGUGGACUGGACGGACUCGAGCUGCAUGUCCCCCAUCCAGAGCCAAGGCUCUUGCGGUGACUGCUGGGCGUUCUCCACCGCCGCGGCCAUCGAGUCGGGCCAAUGCAUCAACGGGGGCCAGAAGUCGCUGACCAAGUACUCGGAGCAGCAGCUCACGAGUUGCGAUACCCAGAACUACGGGUGCAAUGGUGGCGCCCCCAUCUACGCCAUGGAGUACGUCCAGCAGAACGGCCUCUGCACGGAGGACAGCUACCCGUACACGUCGUCGGACGGCACGGCGGCGUCGUGCUCUACUGGCUGCUCGGCAGUCGACACGGGCAUCACCGGCUACCAGACAGUGGACGACGCGUCGGGACUUGCCACUGCCGUCGCCCAGCAGCCGGUGAUCGUCGCCGUGGCGUCGGGCAACAACGCUUGGAAGCAGUACACGGGUGGAGUGAUCUCGUCGUGCGAUACCACCGAGCUCGACCACGCCGUCGUGGUGGUGGGCUACACGGACAGCGAGUGGAAGAUCCGCAACUCGUGGGGCGAGUCCUGGGGCGAGGAGGGUUACAUUCGACUAGAGCGAACGAGUGACAGCACCGGCACCUGUGGCAUGUACGGCGACAUGUCGUACCCCACCUUCUAGGAUAUCUAUGUUGUAUGUCUCGAUGAGUGUGUAGUGUAGUGUAGUGUAGUGUAGUGCAGCGUAGUGAAAGAAUGCUGUUAGUAAACUGCGUCAAUAACAAGUAAACGAAAGC